CACGUUUGAUUUUAUUACAUAUAUUUAUUUAACAUUUCUUGUAUACAUAAUAAUAUACAGAGAAAACGUCUAAGUUUCAUUGUAAGAUCGUUAGUUUUGGUGUAAGAUGGAAAUAUCUUUUACCGAUUAAACAUCAGAUGUAAUAUUUAGAGCUGCAUAGCCACUAGUUAAAGUGUAAGAUAUGGUGUUCACGUUUAAUAAUUUGACUUUAAAGUAAACAAAAAAAAUGUUUUAUGGUUUUACGAAAUUUUAUUCAUUGUAUAGAUUCAAGUCACGCUAAUUUUCAAAACUUUUAAAUUGAAGGAAUAUAUUUCAAAGUUUACCGGGAGACAAGUACUGAAAAUAAAAUUGUUUUUCAUCCGGAUAUAGCAGGAAUGCCACUUGAAGGACAUAGAGCACCAAGGCGGAAUUAUAGAGUAGUCUUCCUAGGAUCAACUGGUGUUGGAAAAACUUCAAUCAUUAAUCAGCUGUUAUACGAAAACUUUCCUGAACAGCACAAAGAGACACUUGAAGAACUUCAUCGUCAUGUUCUUAUAUUCGAUACGAUGGCAGUGGAAAUUGAUAUACUGGACACGUCCGGUACGCAUGAAUUCCCUGCCAUGCGACAUUUGGCUAUAACAACCGGCAACGCAUUUCUUCUUGUGUAUUCUGUCAAAAAUCAGGAAAGCUUUGCAAAUAUUAAAUUCUUGAUUAACGAAAUCAAAGAAUAUAAGCAAGACAAUGACUAUUUUAUUCUCGUGGUCGCCAACAAGAGUGACCUCUUGAAAAAUGAAAACAAAGGUAAUGCUCUUGAUGAGUCAGUAGUGUGUUUUGAUUGGGAAGAAAAAUUUGUAACAAUAUCAGCCAAGACCGGUGAUAACAUUAAAAAUGUUUUGGAAAUCCUAAAGGAAAAUGUAGAAAAGAAAAUUAUUGAUGAAAACAAAAAGCUCCCUCACUUGCGAAGGAUUUCGAUGCCGGCCAUGAUUUCAAAACAUGGACAUGAAAAAUUACCUUCAAUGAAGCGUAAGGCCAGACUGUAUUCUGCUGAUUAAGAAACAGACAUUUCAUAAAUGUAGAUUAAUGAUUUCUCGCGUUACAAUUUUAUGUUUUCAAAACUUGGUGGAUUAUAUACUAUCAUAACUCUGCAGCACAUUUAAGUUAAUUCUACGGCAGUAACAGGCUGUGAAUACCAGACUUGCAAUUUAUUAUAUCAUGCAAAUGGCACUUUAAACAGGUAAACCUUCUAAUUGGUGCUAUACGAACAAAAGACGUCUAAGCCUGACUGUAAACUGACCAGAAUGCAGACAUCUGGCCGUCAAGUUCAGAUUAUUCAUUAAUCAAAGAGUUAACCGGCUCGUUAUCAUUUGACCUCACUAAAAUGACUAUUAUUAUUACGUUUUUGUAACAUGAAUGUUGUUUGUGCUAUCAUAAAUAUACCUUGCUAAACAUGAUUGAAAAUUUCAAGUCUUCUGGUUUUUAAAUCAUGGAUAUGUUGCAUAAAAUACAAGAAUGGCGAAUUAGCUGCUUCA